AUUUAAUCAACGCACUUUGCUUAUCACCCAGUGUUGAUUCAGGACGUCGCUUUAAUUGUUAUAGUAAUGAAUUGUGUGUCUCAUAGCAGAUGUUUGACCAUCAUUUCAGAAACGUUCUCUCGUACUGAAUACAUCUAUUAUUUCAUGAAUCGAAAGUAGAAUUCAUAAUCGAUGCAAUCGCGUGUAUUACAGUAAACAACGAAUUUGAAAUGGAAACGAGAAGACGAAGAGAAGUGAAUGGAGAUAAACAGAAUAAACAAGUUGGCAGGUAUAAAUCGAAAGUUUCGACGACUAGUCCUGGAUUUCAUUAUGAUAUUUGGUUGUUAUUAGCUCUUGAAAACUGGAUAUUUGACUUCGGCAGACCCAUUGCAGCAACAUUUGUUCCUUUGGAAUGGUCUCCGCUGAAUCGUAUGAGUAUAGGAGAUUAUUUUCAUAUGGCAUACAACGUUAUAACGCCAUUUUGUCUGCUGAAGCUAAUAGAAAGAAGUCCAAGGAAAAUACCUUCCACUAUUACCUAUAUCAUUGUAAUAUUUUUUGUAAUGGGCGCCAGUAUACAUUUAGUAGGUGAUUCAAUUGGUCAUCGCUUGGCAUUUGCUGGUUAUCAACAUCAUUUAUCAGUUCGAGAUAAUCCCAUAAUGAUAAAUCUGAAACCACAAGAACUAGUUGAUUCGUUCGAACUUUUGUAUUCCUACGACGAAGUUAUAGGACAUCUUAUGUGGUAUAUUCCAUUCUUCUUGAGUCUGCUUCUGUACUUUCUUGGAUCUUUCCAAAUCAAAUCAUUCAGUGAGAAAUCUAGAAUUAGUCCAUCCAUUUAUUUGUUAUUGAUAAUCAGUGCUGUUUAUUAUUGGUAUCUGGUUACAGAAGGACAGAUAUUUGUGGUAUAUAUAUUUACUUAUUUCGCUAUGUUGUUAUCAAUAGUAUAUCACUAUAAUCAGGGGAAAUAUCCGGACAUUAAUGGUUUAUUUCUAUUCUAUACCUUUACACUAACUAAUAUUUUAAUUGUGGUCUGGGUCGGUGCGCUGUGGAAUAAUGACGUCAUGAGGAAGAAAUACCCCGGUAUUAUAUAUAUCCCCGAACCUUGGUCUUUAUAUUUUUAUUAUUACUCUGAGUAAAUAUGUUUUGUUCAU